AUGGUGGAAACUAGGGCACAGGCAAAACUCAAAAACAAAACAGUCGAAAUGACUUCCGAGGCUCCUGAGUCCACCUCACCGAUCACUGUCACCGAGACCGAACACGCGGUCAGAAUCUCGGCCAGCGGUCCAAUGACGACGGAUCGCACGGCCGAGUCCAUGGGAGAGCAAGCAGUCAUGGAGGAUCUGAUGGCAAAGCAGGGCUACAGGAUAGAAACAUCCUUUAUGGCCGCAAUGGACAAAUUCUCCUCAGAGCUACGGACGCUUUUUCAGGAGAGGAUGCCGGUGACAUCGUCCGCAACGCCUCCCAGAGCCGGACAGAGAGGCCAAGAGCGCGAAAGGUUCGAGCCUUACGGCGAAAGCAGCAGGCUCGGCGUCUCUGGCCGCACCCAAGCGUCAAGUUACGGCCAACAUUCUCAGCCGCCGACAAACAGCUGGGGGCAAUCCCAGCCAACAUGGGUAAAUCCCGGACCGACCUACCCGGCAGAGACGACGUACUGCCCACUCCAUGCUUUAGCCAUGUCACUAGGGCAAAGCAGCCCCGCACAGUCCGCGGUCCAGCAACUUGGCCCAGUCCACAAUGUGGCCGUCCAGACCCAUCCCGGCCCAAGCAACUCGACCGCUGCUUCGUCACAGCAAUACGGUCAGAGCAAUCCGACCGUUUCACCAUUACGUAUGUCGUUAUUGCCGUCAGGCUCCCAUCUUCAGUACGGUUCGGCGGUUCCAACUACAACCCAUACGAACCCCGGUCAAACCUACGGCGCAUAUCUGGUACCACCCAGCUCGGUCGCGACGACCGAACCCCCCGUUCAAGUGGCCCAACAGGUUCCACGGCCAGUCGCGGCCCAGCAAGAGGCGCCCCCUCAGGAUCCUCUGACCGAAGACGCUCGGCGGACGACCAAGGACGGCUCAACCCAGAGACGGUCGGGGGCAUCGAGUUAUACUAAGCUGUACCCACCCAGAAAGCCCAGGAGUUAG